AUGGUAUCACAGAAAAUGGAUAACGGUUUUCAGGUACAAUCUUCAAAACUAGAUGCUGUUUAUAAUGAGCUAUUACAAUCUGCACAGAAUGUGCCUGAAAAAAAAAAUGUAUCUAAAAGACAAUCUAAAACAAAAAAUGAUCAGGUUGGAGAUCUCUUUGCUGCUGAACCAGGUUUUCAACAACCAGCUGUUCCGCCUAUCCGCAGAACUACAAGACAAGCUUCUAUUAUUGCAUCAGAUAAAGUAAAAAGCAUUAGAGAAUCCUCAACAAUCAGCAGCUCUGGACCAUCUACAAGAGCCAGUCGAGCAAGAGCUUUAUCUACAUUUAUGGAUAUAGCACCUAUUGCUUGUCCAACAGCAAAUUCAACUUUCGUAGUCGAUAAAAAAAUUAUGAAAAAUGUUGAAGAACCUGUAUCUCCUGGAAUGUUUUCUCCAGAUAUUGGGACCCAUGUAAAGGAAACUAAUGCCAACAAAACUUAUGAUUUGACUAAAAGGUUGUCAACAAGAAAUCAAACAAAAAAAAUGGGGAUAAUUAUUGAUUUACCAGAAAAAUCUCCAAUUAGUGCUGAAAAUGCUAAUUCUAUACCACCUGAAACAAUUAUCAAAUUAACCUCUAAGAAUAAAAGUCUUGAAUCUCAAAUAAAGAAUAAACGGCGUGAAAAAUUAGAAGAUAUCGAUGUAAAUAUAGAGGAAAAAUCGCAUAUGACCAGAACAAUGAAAAGAAAACUUCAAGAAGAAAAUAAUAUUGAUGCUAAAAAAACUAAUGUAUUAUAUGUACCAUUAGAAAAACAAAUAUCAACGCCAGGAAAAUCAUUAGAAGAUCUCCAAUCACAAACUCCUCAUCAAAUCAGAGAAAACGAAGCUGAAAAAAGGAAAGAAUUACAUCUCAAAUCCAAAGCAGAUCAAAGGAAAUUUGAAGAUCAACAUUUAAGAGCUGCUAAGCACAGAGAAGAACAAAUGAAACGUGCUGAAGAAAAAAUUAAAAAAACUGCUGAAGAGAAAAGGAAAAAAGAAGAAAAACAAAAAGAAAAAGAAACAAUGAUUAAAGAGGAAGCAUUAAAAAAACAAAAGCUAGCAGAACUUCGAUUAGCUGAGAUUAAUGCUAAACGUAAACUAGCCGAAGAAGCAAAGCAUUUAAAAAUACAAAAACUUGAAAUGAAUCGCAUUAUGAAAGAAAAUGAAUUAAAAAAGAAAGUUGAAACAAAACCAGAAAAAAGUAAAUCUGUAAUUCGUCCUAAAGCUUUAACUUCAAAUAUACCUACUUCAUCAGCAUCAAAACCAGCAACAUUACCAAAAUCAAAAAUUGACAACAAAAAUGAUUAUGGGUUAAAUGAUGUAUCUGCACGUGAUUCUUCUGAAGAUGAAUCUGGACCAAAAAAACCUGUUCCAAAUUGGGCAAAACGAGAAAAUAGAAAAGCUGUACUUGAACUUCAAUAUCAUAUAGAUUCUAAGGAAAGGGACUUAUUUUUUGACUGUCCUAAAAGUAUGAGUCUUAAAGAAAUGUUCAAAGGCUGGAAUAUCCGUGAUAAACAACGUACAUCAAGUGCAGUUUGGAAUACACCUCCUCGUUAUAGUGAAUAUAUUCGCAGAUAUUAA